UCCUGUUCAAUAUCACACUGAGCAAUUUAAGCCUCCUGAAUGGUGCGUCCCCAUUUGUGCUGAUGUUUUAGACUUUAACUUUAAGGAAUUAGGAGCCGUUGUGCAAUUUGAUUGCAUCAUGUUGGAUCCUCCUUGGCAGCUGGCCAGCGCUACACCAACACGUGGGGUGGCAUUGGGCUACUGUCAGCUGUCUGACGCUGCCAUUCAAGAUCUCGCUCUCGAAACUUUAUCGCAAAGCGGAUUCUUGUUUUUAUGGGUCAUUAAUAACCGCUUUGAGGUGGGACUGCAAAUGCUGGAGAAGUGGGGAUACAGGUUUAUCGAUAGCAUUGAUUGGGUUAAGCGAACUGUCAAUCGACGAAUGGCAAAGUCGCACGGGUUUUACUUGCAGCACGCCAAGGAAACGUGCUUGGUGGGAAUAAAAGUUACGUGUGGCUCUGCUACUAUUAUUAUUUUUUACUUAAUCUUAUAUUUUUAGGGGAGCCCACGUUACGAGCCCUUGAAGGCCACCGACGUG